AUGGCAGUCAAAGACAUAGUUGCUGAUUUCAGGUUACAAUUCCUUGGUCUCCUUGAAACUCGUGUACGUAUUAAUGCAGCUCAAAUUCAAUCUUUUCUAUUACCCCAAUGGAAAUGGUAUGUGGAUUAUGGAUCUUCUGUUGCUGUUACUAUCACUUAUGGAGCCACUGAGGUGGUUGAUAGGAGAGAAUUAUGGAGUGCCCUGGACAAUUUAGCUAUACAGUGUGUUGAUAUCCCAUGGUUGAUUGGAGGGGAUUUUAAUGCAGUUCGCGACCUCAGUGAAGUAUGUGGCACAUCAGGGGAUAUCCGAACAGCUAUGGAAGACUUUAAUGCAGUCAUUCAGAAUACAGGAUUACUACCACUACCCAUGCAGGGAGAGUGGUACACAUGGCACAACCACAGUGCGACACCCCGGAACCUCUGGAAAAGACUGGACCGCAUGUUGAUAAAUGAUAGAUGGAUGGCACGAUUCCCUAACGCAUUCUACUCGGUCCUUACACCACGCACUUCAGACCACUCACCGAUGGUACUAUAUGAAGACCGACAACAACAAUAUGGAGGUAUGUUCCGAUUCGAUAACUACCUCGCUCGCUUACCUGAGUUUAUUCCUAGUGUGCAGAAUAUAUGGCAACAUAACAUUAUGGGUACACCUAUGUAUGCUGUGACACGCAAACUCAAAGCUUUGCGAGAGCAAAGGAGGAAUAAGGGGGAUCUCUCGCACAAUGUCCAAAUGGCAAAGGGGUUUCUUGAAGCAGCACAACUACUUUGGAUGAAGGGAGGUGAUCAGUGCUCCCGAGUGUUCUUUCGGAAGAUUGCCCAACGAAGAUCAGCAAGAAGGAUAUUCCAGAUCAACGAUGACCAGGGAUCCACUCACACUGAUCCAGAAGAAGUUAUUAAUGAGUUUGUCACAUAUUACCAGAACCUACUAGUGGGAGACAGACGACGAACAGGUGUUGAUAUUCAAACUCAUAGACCGUGGGCUAGGCACAUUUUGAGUAAUGAGGAAUCUACCACUUUACUGUUACCGUUCACACCAGCAGAUGUCAAACAGGCGGUUUUUGACAUUCAUGAGGACAAGGCCCCAGGCCCGGACGGAUACUCAUCGGGCUUCUUUAAAGCAGCAUGGCCUAUAGUUGGACAAGAGGUGACUUCGGCAGUACUGGACUUCUUUCGUACAGGCCGACUUCUGAAGCAGAUAAAUACUACACUGUUGGCGCUCCUUCCAAAAGUACAUUCCCCUAUGACGGUUAGUGAUUUUCGACCCAUAGCAUGCUGUAAAGUGAUUUAUAAGAUCAUUGCAUAG